AUAGUGUAACGGGGGACCUGGGGUGGUCAAGAAUUGGCCAAAAAUCAUAACGUAAUUUAGGGACAGCCCCACUGAUGCCGUCCCUGCCCAAAAUUGCAGUAAACCCCAGAGUUUUCAUUGACACAUUUGGCACUUCAACAACCCCAACUACCACAGAGCUUUUCCCUGGCACAUGCACCACGACAAUCGACAUCGGCGGUGCCUCUUCAAUUCAUAUUUCAGUGUACAGCGAAGAGUGCACUGUUUUUGGGGCCUUGGUGUGCACCAUAACCCUAAUAUACAGCUUUGACCAUAACCACACUAUCACUAUUGGUGCAGGCGAGGCCCAAAAAUGAAAAAACAGGUGCAGAUGCUUAUCGCCCUGGGUGCACCACGUGUCAACCAACAGUUGGCAAAUUGGUCUGUCACUUAAGGUGUCUGCUGCUGAAUAAGGGGAAACUUUUGCAGGAAUUGACAAUUAUUGACUGGCUGUCAUUUGUUGCCAAUUGCCAUGCAGGUUAUUGCAAUUUAAAUGAUAAAUCUUGGAUAAAUCGAUAUCUGAAGCCUCUAUGGCCUCAGAUUUUACAAAAAUGGCAGAAGUUUGCAUACUGAUCCUUGCUAGAGGUGGAAGCAAAGGUAUUCCAAGGAAGAACAUGGUGCAUUUUGUGAGCAAAUCUCUAAUUGCUCACUGUAUCUCUACUGCUCGAAUGGUGACAAAAGCCGACUCUGUCUGGGUAUCCACUGAUGACUCCGAGAUCGCAGCAGAGUCAGAGGCAGCCGGUGCCCGCGUCCACCACCGCAGUGCGGCCACCUCCACCGACACUGCCUCGUCACUGUCUGCUGUACUGGAGUUCCUGGGAGACAGGCCUGAGGUGGGCACCCUGGCGCUUCUCCAAUGCACCAGUCCUCUGACCCGACCUGAGGACGUCUCCCGGGCCCUGCAGAUGCUCGACGGAAGCUACGACUCCGUGUUCUCACUGGUUCGACACCGACCCGGUCUGAUCUGGAGGGAGACGGAGGAUGGCGGCCUGGAGCCGGUGAAUUUCGACCCCCUCAAUCGGCCCCGCCGCCAGGAACUGCCCUCACACUUACAGGAGAGCGGCAACUUCUAUGUGACCCGUGCUGCCCUCGUGCGGAGCGAGCGACAACUACAGGCUGGCAGGCGGGGUUAUGUGGAAGUACCUCCUGAGACAGCUAUCGACAUCGACACACCCUCAGACCUGGAGGUGGCCCGCCUGCUGGCCCGACGGUCGCUCAUCGAGUCACCGAGGUCAACUGCAGAGGUCAAUGGGUCAGAGGGGUCAGUGGAGAGGUCAACUGUAGAGAUCGGGUCGAUAGGAUCAGAGGAGGGAUCUAUGGAGGUCAAGGGGUCAGUCAAGAGGUCAGCCGAAGGAUCAGAGGGGUCAGCCAAGAGGUCAGCUACAGAGGUCAGCGAAUUACAGUGAGUGAUCAUCCACAAAGGUCAACGGGUCACAGCGAUCUACUGAGAUCCAUAAUCCACCCGACGGCUCACAGAGGACAGAACUGACUCGGGUGACUUUCCAGUCGCUUAGUUAUGACGUGAGGAAUCUCUAGUGCCAAAUGUUUUGACUCAGGCUACCAAACUGUAUGAAUGUCUCUGCUGUUGAGUUUACCUUAUUCACGGUGUUAGUGACGUUUUGUGUCCGGUGACAUUUCCAGUGUUCAUUAGCCGCACCUUUUCAGCGUGUUUGUACAUUAUCAGCAUUUUAAUUUAUUUUGUAUCAUUGACUUGAAUGGGGCAGUGGUCCUUGGUGGAACGUCGCAACCAAGUCAAUUAUUUGAAAUACGCCGGCCUGUUCGUUAAAAGUAGCUGAAUCACGGUACUACUCAGAGAGCUGACGUCACAGGUUCCACAAUGACGUCAUACGAGGACUCCUAAGACGCCUUAUGACGGCCGGUGGAUUAGUGAUGACGUCAUCUAAGGCAUUGCUCGGUAAGGCGCUCUGGAGUUUUCAUCAGACUGUAGCGACUGAGUCGGCAUGAAAUGUCAGGAGUGGAGUGGGUGGGUCCAAUCUAUGUGCAAAGUGUGAACGGUAUCUUGAAUUUGAUUGAGCCCCGUGUGGUUUCCGAUAACGUUAUGAGCAGCAGUAAAACUGAGAUGGAGUCGUUUAUCGUCUAGUCAGAAGUGGCCGAGAAUUUGUAUACUUAUUUUGUGCGAAUGUGUGCCUUCUUUUACCCUGGUAUACGUUUGGUUGGUUUUGUGAUCGAUGGAACUCAGUACCAAAGGAUUUUAAAUGAUGUAGAGUUUAUUGUAUUUACAGUGUUUAUGUUCGCUAUUGUGUUCAAAAACUUCGAAACUCUGCAUAUGAUUCAAUGGUUUAUCUAAUGAUCUCCCAAUGCUCGUGAAUCGCUUUGGCGGUUUGGCUAUGAUUUUAAUAUCGACACUCGUGUUUCUACACUCGUGACCCCCCCACUUUCUACAGGGUGUCCGGAUAGUUCUGGCGCUUUUCAACAUUUUCUAAAACAAAUGCCAUUGGUUCAUAGAUACUAAUCAAUGGAUCAAAACAAUGACCAGGGACACCAAGCCACAUGCUUCCGCUACGUGCUCAUUCAAUGUAACCAUCGUCGGCGCCGACGACGGCCUCGACGUAGGGGAGGAAGCGUCUGCGGGUUUUGACGAUGCGGGGCAUUUCCAGGUCCUCCCAUGCUGUCAUGAUGCGAGUCUUCAGCGACUCCAGGUUGGGGUGAGAAAUGGCCUAGAUCCUGUUCUACAAAACGCGUAGCACGCCUUAGUCGAGCGGGUCAGGUUAGGAGAAUAAGGCGGCCUGAUCUCAUUUCGCCACGGUGAUCUGGCCCGGCAAGCUCCUCUGUCAGUUUAGCUUGAAUGGCAGCGGCGUUGUUGGAGGGUGCUCUGUGCUGUUGAAAUGCGAAGUGACCCUUAGGGCAUGUCGUCUUGACCCUCGGGUUGAUGUGGCUGUCCAGGAACCCCUCGUGGGCCAGCCUGUUAUUCAUUUAUUCGACAUUGACGAAGAUGAUGGGACAUUUUUGUCCAUCAGACCCCCGCACUUUCUUCGAUUGCCGCGCUGAAAUGCUGCUCCGUUCCCAUAUCGCGUUCGAAACGGUCUGAGGAUAUUUUCUAAGGAAUUCCCGAGUCGAAAUAAACCUUUACCUGCUAAACCAUUCAUCGAAAAACGCCGCAUCGCGCUGCAGCUCGAGCCUCGUUCAAGUCGCACCCGGCCGCCGCGCGCAGGCAUUCAGCGACAAGGCGCAUCUUCGCCCAUCUACCCAUCACUGAAAACGAUUUCAAGGUCAUAUUUACACGGCCUCUGGCUGAGCAAUCAACGAGGGGUCAUGUCUGUGAUGAUUGGCUGAAUGUCCAAUAAUCACAGCGCGCGUUACACGGCGUCCAAAAGAAGCGCCAGGACUUUCCGGACACCCUGUAUCUACCAUGUCCCCCGUCGUUCGUCGCUUAUCAUCUCCAAUGACACAUGACCUCCCCCCCCCCCCCUAACGUGUCUCAUUUCCGGGAAGUGCGGUUUGUGCAAUGUCACCCUUACCAACGCUCCAUGUGUAGUGGGUAAAGCCCUGAUAAGGUGUUCCGCUCGAGCGGGGAAAGCGGGGGAAAUACUCUGUUGAGUGUUGAAUGUUUGAUAGGAGGAUUGCAUGAUAAUUCGAGUGUUGAGUUCAUUGGGUUCGCUACUUUAUGGCGAGUUUCUCGUGAGCUUGAAUUAUGAUUUAUGAAAAUAAAUUGCCUCCCUUUGGUA